UGCCUCUUAUCAGAUCAGCUGAUCAAUUGGUGUCAAUCCAUGCUCCAUCCCGGGCAUCCCUCCCCAUCCGCACCUCUUCCCUUUCCCCGCCCCUCUCUCCGCCUCUCAAUUCCCAUCCAUCAUCCGUUUUCUGUCUCUGCUUCGUCAAACUCAAAGCCAAACGCCUAUCUAGUAGUACUUGCGUACUUACGACAGUUGAUUCAAAUCUCAGUUAUGGGUCAAACCGUGACCAAGGAACCUCCCACGGAGUUUCUCCCGCCAACCCAAACCCGCGAGGAACUUCAGGAACGAUUCAAAUGGCGUUUAGCAAAAUUCUAUAUGAGCGAUGCUCAAAGUGAAUGGUUUCAGACUAUUUUCAACAUUUUCUGCACCGAAUCGGACUCAGCGAAAUUCUGGACGGAAACCGAUUUGGAAAAUUUCAUGACCAGCACUUUUCCUCCUGCUUUAGCCUCAUUUGUUGCUGAAGCAGGCCCAAUCGUGCACCGUUGCCUCCUGCGGCUGGGGUCGUUUCCGUAUCACAAUGAUCCGCACCAUACUCUAUCUCCGGAUGUGCUGCGUACAGCCAUGAUCAUUUUGCUCGGACUGGACGGAAGAAAGCUUUUGGAUCAGGAUAACGACGAGGCAUCACUCGUUUACCCAGAUCGUCUCAGCACGAAACAACGAAUUCUGUUGUUCCAGAGCAUGGCAAAGCAGAAAGGGACCCCCGGAUCAUCUCGAGGCCCAGAAGAAGAUUAUCAUCUUCAGAAAGCUCUUGACCUAAUCACGUAUGGGAACUUCAAGCGCAAUAAGCGGUUCCCGACCGCAGUGACUGAAGGACCUGAAUAUCCCUCUAUUGAACAUUUUCCUUCGUCAAACUCCACAUUGACGAGCGGAUCGAUCCCGGCAGAGGAUUUCAGGCCCUUGCUUCGGUUGAUGCUUCUUACUCAGUUGUAUGUGGCCGGUAUUGACCCAGAUAACUUUACGUCUUCUCCGUCGGAGAUCGAAGCAGCGACAGAGUGCCUAUUGGCGGCAUUUUUAAAUGCUGCUGAUUCACCCGCUGUGCCUUUUACGGCCUUUGACAACAUCCUCGGCAAUUCAAUGCAGCAAAAUACCUUUUUGGGUCUACCUCGAGUCCUCGGGCCUUUACGCUCGGUCAAAAGUUUUCCGUCCGCGACUCCCCCGUCAUCAGUGACUGAAGCACAGAAAGUACUGAAAGAAUUGUUCACGCCGACAGCCAAAACAGCGCCUCCUCCUAAGGGACUCCUCAUGAGUCUCCCUCUUAUGAGUCAGCUGUCGAUGAGCUUGCCCCAAGACUUCCCCAUCGAAACACCAGAAACGCUCUAUUCUUCUCCGGAGGUAGAUGUUAAGAGUGUGAAAUCUUGCCUGUCCGUAACCAGAACAGCCAGGAUCCUACUUGUGUCUGGAAAGGCGGGUCAAGAGGUUGCCAUAUUCGGCGCAUACUUUCCCAAGAAUUCAUCACCUGCCGUCCCGAGAGUUAUAGUUCAACUGUCACCAGUUCAUCGAACGUUUCAUGGUGCUCAAGAGCUAGACGCGUCUCAGAAAACCGAGUUUGAAGACAACUCGCAUUUGACUGUUGGCCUUUCGGAUAUGACUUUUGUGUUGAGUGGGGACUCGGCAGCUGGCAGUUUUAUCGCGCAAUUCGGCAAUGGUACCAGCCAAGAGUUUGCUGUUGAUGCUGUAGAGGUUCUGAGCUUUGAGGGAUCCAUGGUCCGCGUCGAUACUUUUGAAUAGCCUUCAUGCUAUAUCACUCUACUGAAUUUCUACUUUGAAUGUUGACAAUGGGUUCUUAUCCGCGCAUCUUCGAAAAUAGUAGACCUAGAGCUUUCUUGAAGCGACUGAAAUACGGCUCCC